CAGGUUGUAAUAGGGCCCCUGGGUCAGGGAAGACAACAUACUGUGCGGCAAUGGCCCAGUUCUUAGAAGGUUUGGGACGUCAGGUAUCCGUCAUAAACCUGGAUCCUGCAAAUGACAAUGUGCCUUACAGGUGUGAUGUUGAUAUUUCCGAACUUAUAACAGUGAAUGAUGUAAUGGAACAUCUAAAACUGGGGCCAAAUGGAGGUUUCGUUUACUGCAUGGAAUACCUGGAAAAGAAUAUGGACUGGUUGCUAAAGAGACUGACACCAUUGAAAGACAAGUACUUGCUUUUUGACUUACCAGGACAGGUGGAACUGUAUACUCAUAACAAUGCAGCACGCAAUAUUGUGAAGCAGCUAGUAGACACUGAGGAUUACCGGUUGGUUGCCAUUCAUCUUGUGGAUUCUCACUACUGUAGUGACCCUGGGAAGUUCAUUGCUGUGCUGCUGACCUCCUUAACUACCAUGCUGCAAAUGGCUUUACCCCAUAUCAAUGUACUAUCCAAAGCCGAUCUUAUAGAAAAGCAUGGCAGGCUAGACUUCAAUUUGGAUUUUUAUACUGAAGUCUUGGAUCUGUCAUAUCUCCUUGGGCAUUUGCAGGAUGAUCCAUUGCUCAGCAAGUACAAGCGACUGAAUGAAGUCAUAGUUGGCGUUGUUGAGGACUACAGCCUGGUCAAUUUUAUUCCACUCAAUGUGCAGGACAAAGAGACCAUGCUCCAGGUCAGAAAGGCUGCUGACAAGGCUAGUGGCUAUGUGUUUGGUGAAGGGGAAGACCGUACUCUGGAAGGUCUCAUGUCAUGUGCUGUAGGUGCAGAAUUUGAGUAUGAGAAGAUCAAGAAUGUGAGAGAGAAAUACAUGGACACAGAGUAAUCAAUGGAUGUCGAACAUUUAUGAACAGCAGUCUUUUGUUAUCAAGGUUACAGAAAUUCAGAAAAAUUUGUCCAUCAGAGCAAAAAUUGCUAAAAAGCCUUAAAGUUAUCAAAUAAAGAUUUUAUGUUACAUUACCUUCAUAUCAAAUCACCAGCUAUCCCACCAAACUCUCUGUCAAGAAAGUGAAAAAAUUUAUGCUGUAAGAAA